AUGACAAACUCGGAAGAAGAAUUUGAAUUAUACAGUGAUAUUGAACAACUUGAUCCUAGCGAAAAUGGUGAAGAAAAUAUUGAAGAAGCUGUUGCUUAUUUUACUGCACAUCUAGCUGUUAGUGCCAACAAUAUACAUUAUUCCACAGUCUCAGUUGAAUAUCCUCCAACUAGUUCACGAAAGGACAAAGGAACAUCUGGUAUCGCUACUAUAUACAACGUGCUUGAUAUUGAAGAUUAUGAUGAUAGCAAACAAGUACAAAAACAAGUUCAAGCAGAGUUAAAGAAAAAAGCACAUGCAGUAUUUCGAGAUAUUCAGUACAGUUUAGGUGUUGGUGGUGUUACAAUUUGUCAUCAUCUUGAUGACCAAAUUAAAUCUGCCAAACAUUGCAGUGUUGACUUCGAUUCUAGUAUUUUUAAAGCAAUAAAAAAUGGAUUAUUAACUAGAUCGAUUCAUACAAAUACACUUGGAUUCUAUCUCGCUAUAAUUAAAAAUACAUGUCCAAAAACUUUAUCUGAUGGUUCAUCAUGUGUUGGUCUAUCAGUUUUAAGAAAAAUUAAAGAAAGCACCUUAAUCCGGUAUCGAACUAAUGAAAAUACCAACCGCACAUCACAAAUAUUACAGUGUAAAGAUAGCUAUUUUAUUGGAUGUAGUCUUUGGGCUAAUGGAGAUACUUGGCAUCGAUUUGUUCCAGUAUCUGAGUCAUGUGAUGUUAAUCUUAUUCGACGUUUAUUGGCUGGAGAAGCACUUGAUCGAUCAUUAAUUCAAGAUCGAUGCUGUACUGUUUUGUCUAAUACUACACAAAAAAAAGUUUGUUCAUUUCCUCAUCUUGAUGAAAAUAAUCAACCUUAUGAAGCAUCAUUAGAAAACAUACCAUGUCAAGUUAAAUUUUAUCGAUUUACACCUCUUGAUCUUGUGAAAUGUCCUUUCAUAAUAUUGGUAUGUAUAGGAGAACAUACCCAUCCACCACCUCCACCAAGUCAUAUACCAGAAGCUAUUCGGGAUCGGCUUAAAACUUUAAUUGAAAAAGUCUCAACUAAUUUAGAACAUGUUACACCCCGAAGAUUAAUAUCAGAAAUUCAUGCUUCACUCAAUAAUUUGGAUCAUCUUCGUUAUCUUGUUGCCCGUGUUCAAAAUUCAAUUCAUCCACAUGGACAAGGCAUAUUGGGCUUAGUUCACGCUUUUUCUUCCAAUCUAGAUAAUAUUCAUGAAUAUGUACAAAGAAUAGCGAUUACCUAUGCAAGAGUUUUUACGAAUAUCGCAACUGCAAAUGCUUACCAGCGCAUGUUCAAAGCCACCAUUGAGACUGUUGAAGAACUUUGUAAUCAAAAAGUUCAAAUUAAACAUAUUCAUAAUACUGGCUGGAGGGUUAUUCUUGGUGAUUUAGAUGCCGCACAAGCCAAAGGACUUGGAUUGGCACUUGCUGAUUUGGAUCAAAAAACAACUUGGGAAACUCAUUUGACUUAUAUUUUUAAAAAUAUCGCAGAAUCACAACUAUCAAAUUAUUUAAAAAAUCUAAAGUAUGAGUUAUUAAUGGCUAAUAAAGAACGUGUCACAGCUAUAUUUUUGGAAUUUUUUGAAUCUUCUGAAGUUGGUGCAUCAGAUUGGGCGAGUUACUAUUCAAAACCAUGGCGAUUGGCAUCCUUAAAUCACCAUUAUUCAAAUAUUGAUAAAGAUGAUUGGUGUAAUGUGGGAGAAACUACAAAUGUUCCUGAGUCAGCUCAUGCUGAUGCUAAUAGAGAAGGAACUCAAAUGAGUUUAUGGCUUGCAAUUCAAAA